AUGGAAUCAGACAAAGGGGAAAAGUCCGCACAAGCUAUAUGGCACACACUAGAAAUAGUUCAUGAGGAAACCAACCACGUUAAGGAGACUAAGAUUAAUCAUCUUAUUCGUGCUUAUGAGAUGUUUGAAAUGAAUGAUAAUAAAUCUAUUACUUCUAUGUACAUUAAAUUCACCGAUAUUAUUAAUGGUUUGAACUCUCUUGAUAGACCUUUCAAGGAAAGUGAAUUGGUGAGCAAAAUUGUACGAUCCCUACUAAAGUCUUGGAAUGUCAAGAGAGCCACUUUAAAAGAGAUGAAGAAUCUCUCAAUAAUUUCACUUGACGAGUUGAUUGGAUUCUUGAUGACUUAUGAGCUUUCUCGCAAGAAAGAUAAAGAAGAGGAAGACAAGAAGAAGAAGAAGGGAAUAGCAUUGAGGGCUUCAAUCUAA